CGAGCCCUUCCAUGAUGGGCUUCCAUACCACGAUGCCAGGUCAAGAUCCAGUGAUGGUCUUGCACGGAGGCGAGUUGAAUGAUCCACGAGCCACGGCGUAGAAUGAGGAUCUCUUUGCGCAGAACUUGAGAGAGAUGAUGAGCGACCCACUUGUCACGGCAAACCUGCAAAGUGGGUGGAUUAACAAGGAGGCGGAGCACCUGCGCCGACCAGAGAACCAUGGAAAGGCACCGGGGAAUGAGCCUAAGGAACACUUUAGCCGAUACCAGACACUAAUGAACAUGGUCACGUUCUCAGAAGAAGUCCUCUGCAGGUCAUUCCUGACGACCUUAUAUGGGCUCGCAUCGGAAUGGUUCAAUGACCUGCCGAAGGGGAAGAUCGAUUUGUGGGAGGACUUGGCCGCGAUCGCGGCCAACUGCAAGAAGAAGCUCCACUUCUCUCACCUUUUCUCUGUCAGGAAGAGGCCUGACGAGCCCCUGAAGGAAUUCCUGUCAAAGUGGAAGUUGGAGGCCACUAUGGGAAAGCAGAGAGUGGAAGAAGCACCUCCAAAGAGAAAGGAGAUAGGCUUGCCGAGCGACGACGAGGAAGCUCCACCCAAACACAAGAGGGUGGAGGAGAACAGAAUGAUCUAUAGAGGCGAUAUAAAAGGGGACUCUAGCGAGCAGAGGAAGAAAUGGGUACAUUCGGCCUGUGUUCGCGAUGUCAGCAACACACCCAAAACGUCCAAGUUGACAAUAGAAGGAGCUAAUCUUUUUGGAUUUCAAGGACGUGCCAGAUCUCCUUUUCCCCACCGGGAUGCCCUAGUCAUCAAGUGUGAGAUCAAUGAUAUAGUAAUACACCGUUACUAUGUUGACAGUGGUAGCUCUGUCAACAUCACGUACAUCAAGACAUUUGAAGAUCUGGCUUUGAAGAUGGAGAUACUUUUCAAAGUACGGACUCUCUUAUCGAGGUUCACUUGGGAAAUCAUUGAUGCAGAAGUUUUGGUCGAGGUCAUAGUCACCUUCGGAGACAGGAAUCACAAGAGGAUGAUUCUCGUUGAAUUCAUGGUGGUUCGCUUGAUCAGUGUUAGCCCUAUGGCGGUGAGUAUCAUCCUCUUGAGAGAAGAAGGGGAAACCCAGGGGCCGGUUUACUAUGUCAGUAGAACACUGCAGGAUGCCAAGUUCAGAUACCCGGUGGUUGAAAAGACAAUCCUAGCUGUGGUCAUCGUGGUAAAUAAGCUGAAUCAUUACUUUCAAGCCCAUGAAGUGGAGGUAAGAGGUCAUCAACCUCUGGGCGUUAUUCUUCAGAAUCCUACGCCAUCAAACAGGGUCAUCAAGUGGUCUUUGUACUUAAGACAAUACCAGAUCGAGAUAAAGCUGAGGAUGGCUAUAAAAGGGCAAGCUGUGGGGGAUUUCAUGGUAGAAUGCACAGCACGAGACAACAAUCCUAAACCGACUAUGGAGCAAAGAGAAUGGUGGACACUUUUGAUUGAUGGACCCUCCGCGGUCAAAGCUAGUGGGGGAAGCGUGGUCCUUCAAUCACCAGAAGGAUUUUGCUCGUAGCAUGCAAUUAAGUUCUAAUUCAAAGUAUCCAACAAUGAAGCAAAGUAUGAGGCCUUGCUGAGCAGACUCACGACACUACAAACCUGAAUGUAGAGUAUGUAAAGAUCAGAUGCGAUUCACGUCUGGUCGUUGGCUUAAUCAAAGUUGACUUUGAAA